AAAUACACUAAAAUAUUUAAACAAUAAUGAAAAAUAGUGGCUAAGGUUUGACACAGUUAUCCUCCCCAUGCCAUGCCACCAUUACACUCCUACCAAACUUGCUGAAUCACUGUCAACUACAGCAAUGCUACCAGAUUUAAAGACAAAUUCUCUCUCUCUUUAUCUGCGCUUGCAGAAACAGUUAAAACACACAAAAACGAUUCUUUUCUUUCCUUACAGAGAGAGAAACUGAACACAUAAAUGCAGAGACUCAACAAAGCUGGUGUGGGACAUGGGAUACGUUGUUCAUCAUUUGCACAUUAGCUUAUGAUUUCAUUGGCCUGGAUGGUUUCUCUGAUGGAGGAGUUAACAGGACUCAGGUUGUCAGGUUUUGGAUCUGUUUCUUCAUUUUAAACAUUAUUAUGGGUUUCUAUAUAGAACUUGGUAUUUUAAAUUGUAAAAAUUAUGUUUCUGUCUUUCUGAUCUGAAAGAGCUAGUUUAUGCUCUUCCUUCUACACCCAGCUUUUUACAUAACUGUUGUAUAUAUUCUAGACAUGUACGUUAAGUUUUCUGGUAAAUUUAUCAAUGAUUUUGUUGUGGAAAUCGAAUCUUGAGAAUCAAUUCUACUUAUUUGUGUGAUUAUAUCCCUUUCUUCCUGGUUUGUUCAAUCAUAUUCACAUCUUUUGCAAUGAAAUUCAUGUUUUGCAGCAAAAUUCAUGCUAUGAUUGGUAUAGUUACUUCCGUUUGAUCAGAUCUUGCUGAAUGAUGGUUGGUUUAUUAUAUUAAAGGUUAUAUUGUAUAGUUAUGACUUAAAUUCUAUAAUGAGUUACCCAAAUUUAGGAAAUGUGGUAUAAAACAUGGAUUUUCAAGAAAAUUAGUACUGGUAAUAGAGGGAGUAGAUGAAUGUUAAUGUGGAUUUGAUGACUUACUGUGCACUAAUAUAAAUUUGUAAUGUGAAAUUUCUCCAUCUAAUGCAUGUGGUUUUUCACAUUUUGGAUUUUACACAUAAAAUCUUGUGUUCUUGUGUUGUUUACUUUGCAUUUCUUUGUUGUUUGAUUUCUGGGUUCCAUAUCAGGUGAAAACAAAGAAACAUGAAAAUAUUGAUGCCAGAUUAGAUGACUUCUUUUUUUUCACUAUGCAGUAAUCUUAAAAGGGCUUUCUGCUGAAGAAUUAUGAAAUGUGAUCAAAUCUUAGUUUUGAGUUAAAAUUGUUCUCCAAAUCAUCCUUUCAAUAUGUUUAGCACCUCCCAGGUUGAAUGAAAGUUGUUGGUAGUAAUUCAAGAUUUCUUCUGCGAGUUUGUGGUUCCAAGCCAGCAUACCUUUUGAGUUUUAUUAUGUCCCCCAAUUCUAGAAUGGGAGAUGAACUGAAAUUUCCACAGCAAUGGGAAUUCAGGAGGAAAGAUGAGGGCUUCUAUUCUUCAAGCAAUGAUUCCCAGUCAAAUUCCAUCAGUGAGUCUACCCUCAAGGAGCAUAAUAUGGUUUCUGGCUGGAUUUCACUCAAUAAUGAUGAAACUAGCAAUACUAGCAGACCUCAGCCGAACUUGAACAAUGAUUAUGGUUUUGUGGGUCAAUUUCAUUUAGAGAAAGCUGAAGAAAAGAACAUCAAGAGUAAAAAGAAUAAUUUUGCUAAUAGUGAAUUGAAGAAGGAUUCUGAAGAACUCAAUAGAAAGAAGAGUAAAACUAGUGCUUAUGGCCUUGCUGCAGUCAGUGAUGUUAAAAGCUUCACAGAAUCCUUAUUAGAGGAGCUUAGAGCUUCAAGAGAAAAAUUGUUUGCAUGGAUGAGGGAGGAGAUGAACAAAUUGAUAGCUGAUGAUACUGGUCCAAGUAAAAGGAGAAAAGGUUCAUCUAGUGGAAAGAAAGUCCAAUCCUGGCAUCAAAACAAGUCUGAGAAGAACAUUAGUAUGCAAUCCCAGAAAAACGUUGAAAAGAACCUGAAAUUCCAGGAUAAAAAUAUCACUGAGGAAUGUAUUCAAGAUAAACAGCUGAAUGGAAAUGGGAUAUUCAUCCAUAUGCAACAGCAGAACAAUUUCGGGGACACUGACGUAGAGCGCCAAAACAAGUUUGAUCCCAACUGCAAUGGCAAAUCUCUGGAGAGCUUUGUUAAAAGCAGUAAAGCACAUGUUAAUGAUCACUGUCAAGCACUGGAUGAUCAGGUUGAUUAUAGCAAAGGUACUGAGUCCAUAAUGUCAGUAGACAAGGAGAAAAAAAAGAGGUUAGCUUUGGCUUCUAACUCGAAGUUUCAGCCCAGUUCUUCUGACCAGAGUGUCACAGUGCAGCAUCCCAAGAGUGUUGUAUUGGCUAUUCAAGCUCAAAACUGCAAUGAUGGAUCUUCAAAGAGGUCUGCAGCAGGCAAAAAAAAAGCUGAUUCUAACAAACUCUGUCAAGUGCCUGAAGAUAGACCUGGUUACAGCAGAUCGAUGGCAUCUUGCGAAAAGGACAAAGCAAAAAGGUUGAAAUUACGUGUUGGGCACAAUUUUACACUCAACUCCCCGCAUCAUGCAGCUUCCUCAAUGUAUUUAACAUUGCCUACAGUCUUAACUAAGGCCCCAGAGUUGAACAGGAAGCUUGAUACUUCGCUCUGUAAUUUUAUUCAACCAAGAGAUGAAGGAAACAAAACCACUGUGAAUUUGGAAAGGCCAAAUCAAAUGGUUGAUUUUAGCUCACAUUGUGGAUAUUUUCCAAGCAUACAAGAAGAACAAAGAGGGGGCAAUUUUGCUCAAAUUGGUUCCAGAAAUAUAGGUCCUUUUGACCAGAAUAGCAUCGGAAGUUCAAGUAGUGGAAUUGGAUUCCCAGUCCCACUUCAUCAGGGUAUGGGUGGUGUUUUUAGUAGUCCACCAGGCCAGUUCUAUUUUGAAACUGUUCCCAGGGAGAGUGGCAACACAUUAGGUCUGAGAAUGAAUGGAGGAGCUACAACAUUUUCUGGGGGAAACGAUGCAUUAUCAGAUCACUUAGUUGCAGACAACAUCCACAGCCAUCCAAAUUAUAAAGCUGAUCUUAGAUUUUUGCCCUAUCAAAUCCACAGCGCUAGAGAUGGUUAUCUAUUCCCAAAGUAGUUCAAAAAGGUUAGAUAAUGGGCAUGGACCAAGCUUCUAUACCAAACAUUUUUAUACUAAUAGUGCUUAUGAUACCUUGUUAGAUAUAGAUUUUUCUUUGUCUAUUCCUGUGAUCCAGUGUCGAUCAGUAAAAAGAUGUCUUUCUAGACUUGCAUUAAGUAUUGUCUACAAGAUCAUGUAAAAUUGUUGUGAUUGAGAAGUGGAAAGACUCAUUCCUUUA